UGCCGCGAAUAGACUUGCGUCACCAGCUCCGCCCCGGCGCGCCUCCAACCAAUCGCGUUGUCGCAUUCUUGUCGCCGGGCUCUUAUCCCUUCCCAAUCGCUCCUGGAAGCAUUCGUCAACCCCCUCCUGACGGUCGAUCAGUUUUAUCUAUUUCAUCGCCCUUCAUCAACGCUUGAUCUUGUCAUCGAAGAAAGAUACUUCUUCUCUUGUCUUCUCAUCACGCUUCUUCAUGUCCAUCGUUUAACCUAUUUUCCCGACCAUGCACCUUCGUUCUUUUGUUCUUGGUGGCGCUAUCGCCCUAGGCGCCAAUGCGUUCGUCGUCCCUGAAAUCGAGGGCGAUGUCUUUCCUCCUCCCAAGGAUGAUCUGAUGGACAUUCAUCCCGUGGAUGUACAGAUCGCUCAUCAGGAGCAGGUUGAGCUGGCCUGCACUGAAUGUCCAUUCCGGGAAGUUGAUGAAGAUGGAAAAGUCAGCUGGACUGACGGCUUCGAAACGUCUCUCUCGUUGAGCUUCUCCGUUGAAGAUGGCUUCUUGUUGGCCAACGGUCGCCAGAUCUUCCCUCCCCCUCCUCCCGCCCGUAUCGACGCCGUUCAGCGUCGCGAAUCUGAUGGCGAGGAAUCCGAACCCAUCCCGCUGGGAUAUGCGCUGGAGAUGAUCCCUCUGGCUUCUCCCCCCGAAGAACCUGGAAUGGAGCUCCUUUCGAUCCGAUUCACCGUCCUCGACUUGGAUGGACACCCCGUUCCCCUCGACACCGUUUCUAUCACCCUUAUCCACAACCUCGAGGGCGACCUUUAUCUCGCCAAGACCGAUAUCGAGGAGACCGGCCUCGACAGCAUCUCGUGGAGACAGUGCCGCGGAAAGCCGAACUGCUUGAGAAAGCUUCUGUUUGACCGUAUGCGCAGCUUGUUCGCCUCCGCAAAGGACCGUAUGAUGCGCAUGGGAUCGAGACUGGCUGGACCUAAGGGCUGCCACCGUGGACCUCACGCCAAUGGACCUCACCAUGGUCCCCCAGGUUUCCCCUUCCCCGGGCCUGAUGGCGAGCCUACCUUCGCCCCUGAGGACCACCCUGAUCGAUUUGGCCCCUCGCACCAUCACCACCACCACGCGCACCACAUGCACCACGGUGGUUUGGACCGCACCAUUUCCCGUGUCGUCCGCUUCAUUGUUAUUCCCGCCAUUUUGGGUGUUCUGGCUGGACUCGCAGCUAGUGCUCUCGGUAUGCUCGUUGGCCAGGCCGUUGUAUUCCUGUGGCUCCGUUACCGCCGUGGUGGCUCUCAGCAGUCGGUUUCCAAUGAGGAGCGGGGAACUGUGUCUGAGAAGCAGGGUCUGAUGGCUGAUGCUUCCGAUGAACUCCCACCUUACACCGACGAUGCUUCAGAGCACCCAGUUGACUCGAAGAACUAAUAGAACCACGAAGGAAAUGCUUGAUCAAAAUGAUUAUCUGAUUCAGAUAUCGGCUGGGCGCGUACAAAACAUAAAUGUUACAUGGAGUCUACUUGGCAUGGAACUGUAGCGGAUAGGUCACAUUAUGCUUUAUUUUCUUUUCUUUUCCCUCUUUCUCAUGUCUUUUUCUUCGAUGUUGGUUUGAAACCACUUGUUUUUCAUA